AUGAGUUCUCCGCGGGGCCACGAGGAAGAGGAGACGCCCUCUCGCAGUAGCACGCCUACUUCCAACUCGAACCUUAACGUUGAAGAUCUGCGACAAUUCACCCGCUCUCCACAUCCAUAUCACCGCAGCAGCAGACCGGCAGUCACGCGAACUCCCUCUGAACGAAGCGAUCGCCUCCACCCACUCUCCACAUACUCCAAGCCAUCGCGCACGCCGAGCGACAGCGGGACCGAGGCCGACGAUGAGAGCACCGGCAUAUUAAGAGGUCUUCCUGCGCCUCCGGUGCGAUCGCACAAAGGGCUACGUGCGGGUAGAAACGACUCCCUCGAUGCCGAUGCGUGGCUGUCCGCGUUGCCAACAUGGCCCUCGUUCGUGCGGCAGACGCUUCGAGUGUCACGGCGGAGCUCAUCAGAAGAACUUGAGAAUGACAUUGCGACUCGGAAACGUGACCGGCGAAGAAGGCGCAUUGAAGUCAUGCGAAGAUUGGCAGAGACUACAUUGUUACUUUCUGUCGGUGCCGUUGUCUUGAUCCCAGAGGAUGUGCGCCGUGUCGCCUGGGCCUGGAGAAAAGAAAUGAUGGCCCAUGGUCUGACCAUUCUCGGCUUGUACACUACCUACCCGUUGUUGCCGCGGCUCUCUAGAAGUCGAAGGUGGCGCAUAUGGCCUCGACGGACGUUUUUUUCUAUACCCGCGACCUUCGAUCCAGCCCCAUUGUUGUAUCCCAUAUUAAUCCCCGUUUUUGUCUCGCUUUCGUUGACCCGCCACGCCCAAGACUUGGUCAUGCCGAAUUUGAUUUUGAGUCUCUCGUCCUUACCAGCCCCAGUCAUUCCUCUCCAGAAUUGGAUGCAUGGCUUCAGCGUCACACAUUGGUUGGUGACGAUUUCGCCGAUUGUGGUUUCUGAAUUCUUGUCAUUUGACGGGGUAUCUCCGACGCCCCUGUCUCUCCGCGGGCAUAAUGCGGAGUUCUUGUUUCUUCUUUUUCCCUUGCAUCAAGCGCUGAUACCCACUUUAGACUUUUUGCUGGCCACCAGCUUAUUACCCGCUGAACUGCAACUCUUGGCGACAGCACUCAUCAAUUUGUACUUGUUCGCGGCUUCUCCUCAUGCGGAGAUCUUGAAAGCCUUGCUAUGGCUUGGUGGACUGUGUCUCUUUGCAACCUGCCGAUACGUUCUUCGAUGGGAAGUGGCUCUGGCGCGUAUUCCCACAUGGAAGUUCCGUCGAGCACCAAGCAGUUCGUUCAAUGCUCGAAAAUUCAUCAAUCUGAUGGAUCAUAAGAUCUGCCAGAGGUUGAGCCGGACUGGAAUGUCUGAUGAGCCUACGUCCGAUAGCGACGGCCCCGGCAGUAUGACUCGGCCGCGCAAGUCGAGAAGUACGCACGAUGCUCGCGCGGUGGUGUCGUCUAAAAGCCCUGCGUCAGCUGUGGACAACCUGACCGCCGAACAAGCCUUUGAGCAACACGCUCAGCUUCAGAACCGGCAGCGAAGGCAUACUAUCUCGUCCCUGUGGGACGUCGUUUUGGACGAGAGAGUGCGUACUACACCCAGUGGUCGCCGCAAGAAGAUGAUGGGGCCUGGGCUUGCCUCGUUCUUGUCCAUGACCGCAGCGCAGGCACAGGUUCGCAAAUGGCUUUAUGCUCUCUACGUCUACGUUAUCACUCUGGCCGUGGUUCUGGGUCCUAUUCGGACAUACAUCGCCGACAAGGCCCUUCAUGGCCAGGAUCCUUUCGGUUGGGCUAUUUCAUACCUUUUUGGAAACUUGUCAGUGGUUCGCUUUUGGGUGUUGAUGCUCAAUCUCGAGUAUUGGAUUCCCCUGGCCCCUCGACCGGAUGAUCUUGCUCGCGAUACCUCGUGCUGGGUGGGAUGGCUGGAACAUGUGCGCCAGUCGGACUUUGGCCCUGCCAACACUCGUCUGUUGAUGUGCGCGUAUUGUGUCGCCGUUCUAGUGACCGGACUGGCGGUGGUCUUCCAACUCAGUUCCAUUGCCGAGGUCGACACACGGCGCAAGGUGUUCCACGGGAUGAUGGUGUUGAUGUUCCUCCCCACGAUCUUCGUCGAUCCGAGCUUUUGUGCACUUGCUCUGGCUCUCGUCUUGGCCGUGUUUUUGUUGCUCGACCUCUUCCGAGCAUCCCAGCUGCCACCCAUCUCGCGUCCACUGACUUACUUUCUGGCUCCUUAUGUGGAUGGGCGGGAUCAUCGCGGUCCAGUGAUUGUCUCACAUAUCUUCCUGCUGAUCGGCUGCUCCAUUCCCCUGUGGCUGUCUCUUUCUGAUCUCCCUCGUCUCGGCGAUGGCCCCUGGGCAGGUUGGGACGUCCCGACUCGCGAUGUGAGCAUGGUGAGUGGCGUGAUCUGCGUGGGCAUGGGGGAUGCUGCUGCCUCGCUCAUCGGUCGUCGCUACGGUCGCCUCAAGUGGUUCUGGGGCGGAGGCAAGUCUCUCGAAGGCAGCGUCGCCUUCGCCAUAGCUGUCAUAUGCGGACUGCUUGUGGCCCGAGGAUGGAUGAUGAUUGGUGGUUGGGUGAGGACUGGGGAUCGUCUUGCAGGCAUCGCCGAUUCCCCUACUGCGUGGUGGUGGGUCUGGACGGUCUGCAAGGUCGUCCUGGCGGCAAGCGGCACUAGUGCGACCGAGGCCAUCCUGACCGGAUGCAAUGACAACGUCGUGGUGCCGGUGGUGUUGUGGUUGCUCGUGCGGGGGUUGGGCGUUUGA